GGUACGAGGCGACGCAUCAAUCGGACUCGAAAUUAACGCGAUGUGCUAAUACGUUUGGUAUCGAGAGAAAAGCUAGAGACUCCGUUCGGAAGAAGACUCUAAUGAACAUGACUGGGUUCAAUUUUAAGAGGUUGCUGAAGAAUAGAAUUCCUGUUUUAAAGUGGUUACCCUUAUACAGGACUAAAGACGCGUUGGGCGACCUAGUUGCUGGUCUGACAGUGGGUCUGACCCUGAUUCCACAGGCGAUAGCGUACGCUGGAUUGGCAGGUUUAACGCCGCAGUAUGGUCUUUACAGCGCGUUCGCUGGCAGCUUCGUUUACAUAAUUUUUGGUACCUGUCGAGAAGUGAAUAUUGGUCCGACAGCAUUGAUCUCGUUGCUGACGUACACGUACGCUAGAGACGUACCCGAGUACGCUAUCCUCCUGUGUUUUUUGUCAGGAUGCGUUACCGUCGUUCUCGGAAUUCUCCGACUGGGAUUUCUGGUCGAGUUCGUUUCCAUUCCGGUCGUCUCCGGAUUCACUUCGGCCGCCAGCCUAAUUAUCGCCUGCAGUCAAAUAAAGAGUCUGCUCGGCUUGAGAAUACACGGGGAAAGUUUCAUCGAGAUUUGGAAGGAAUUGGUCAAUAAUAUUCACAGAACAAGGAUCCCUGACCUGAUCUUGUCGUGCUGCUGCAUUCUAAUUUUAUUGACCCUGAAGAAAUUGAAGGAUAUCAAGGUCCAGAAUGGAAUUUUGAAAAAAUCCAUCUGGUUCCUGGGAACAGGAAGAAACGCUCUGGUGGUGAUAAUGUGCGCCGUGGUGUCGUGUAUCUUUGAAAAUCGAGGAGGAGCGCCGUUUUAUCUCACAGGACACAUCGAAGCAGGAUUACCAUCCGUUAGGCCGCCACCUUUGUCCAGGAAUAUCGGAAACGAGACAGAGACUUUCGUCGAUAUGUGCAAAAAUUUGGGCACCGGUAUUAUGGUGGUUCCGUUGAUCUCUAUCAUUGGGAACGUAGCCAUCGCAAAGGCGUUCUCUCGAGGACAAUCUUUAGACGCAACUCAAGAGAUGUUAACACUCGGUCUGUGCAACAUCGUUGGAUCUUUUUUCCAAUCGAUGCCGGUCACCGGUUCCUUUUCCAGAAGCGCGGUGAACGACGCAUCUGGCGUAAGGACACCGUUGGGCGGCAUUUACACGGGUAUUCUAGUCAUUCUUUCUCUGAGCUUGCUCACGCCGUACUUCUACUACAUCCCGAGAGCAACUUUAAGCUCUGUGAUAGUUUGCGCGGUGAUAUUCAUGAUCGAGGUGAAGAUGAUACGGCCGAUAUGGAAGUGCAGCAAACGAGAUCUGAUACCAACGUUCGCGACAUUCUUCGCGUGUUUGUUCGCCGGUGUUGAAUUGGGGAUUGUAAUAGGCGUCACGAUUGAUCUGGCAAUAUUAAUUUAUUUCAACGCCAGGCCGACAAUAUAUAUCGAAUACAGAAAUACGCCUACGUUAAACUACAUCCUCGUUCGUCCGAGUGCAGGACUGCUAUUCCCGGCUGUGGACUACCUGAGGAUAUACCUGAUCGAGAACUUAGCUAAUGAUCACAAUAAAUUACUGAAAACCUUUAAGAAUUCUAAAGUGGUCGUUCUAGAUUGCAAGCACAUCGAUAAGAUUGACUUCACUGCGGCGCAUGGAUUGAAUAUGGUGAUGAGAGAUUUCAAGGAAAAGAAUCAUCGCUUGAUUAUGCUACGACCUUCCAAAGAUAUAUUGCGCGCUAUGCAAUCGCUCUCGAAAGAAACGAUUAAAGUGGUCAAUACGGAUGCCGAACUCGUAGCCGCUUUGAAAGAGCACAAUACGGUUAAACGGAUUCACGAGGCUGGUGCAGAGGUAAUAGAUAUGUCGAAUGGAAAAACUACCAUUGGUACGAGGAACGAGCUAACGAGUACGAAACUCUGA